AUUUUUCAAGAAAACAUGUUUGCUACAAUUAUUUGGGAAGAUAAGAAAUGGUCCAUCAUUUCUCUGAGAUCCGUAUUGAAACCACGCAAAGAGGUAGAAGAUUACAAGGUUGGAGACCAUGUUUCAGCCAGAUUUGCUGGGAAAAUCUACGCUGCAGUCAUCUUUGAGAUAGAUACUGACAGGCAGGCCCUGAAGAAAAAGCUUGAAGAUCCUGGAUUUGAGAAUACCCUGGCUAGAUUUCUCGCUCAACAGCAAGAGUCAAGAACAGAAGCAAUCAAUGAAUCAGAGGAUGUUGAACCUGUUAAAGCAACAAGCAACAAGCAAAAAAAGACUGACAGCAGUAAAGUAUCAGAUUCGAAUAAGCGACAAAAUCAACAAGCAGAGAUUAUGUCAACAAAUGAUGACCAACCUAGCUCCACAUCAUAUGACGGCAAAAGAAAGUUAGAUAGUAGUGAGUUGUCUGUAACAGAUCAACGUGCCAUGGAAGUAUUGAAAAAAAGACGACCAGCAUGCCAACCUGUGCUCAACCCCUCAGCUGUCCCUAGUUUGCCGCUCAUAAACCACAGGCAUUGUUUCCACUAGCCAUCAGUCUACCUCAGUCUACA